AUGUCGAUGCUAUCGUUGAUAUCGACCGCUCAGACGUUACGAGGCGCAGUUAACGGGACCAGCUCUCCGGAGAAGCUCCUGGGAUUAUUUUUGACAGCGGUUGUAUGGGCCAGUGCAGUGGCACUCAACUACAACGAACAUAAGUUCACAAUCCGGUCUUCAGACUCGUUGGUUAUCUUUUUCACCUUGUCCAUUGUCGCCUCUACAAUCCUCCUGCAUACUCUCCUGGAAACCGGGCAAGGAGUGCAGUCAGCGGAGACGCGGUUCACCAUCGCCUAUCUUGUGCUCUUGACACUCGGUCUGGUAGUCGAGACAUGGCCAAGGGGAUCGACUCGAGUACAGCAGUUGAGCGGUGCACAGGCAUGGGACAAGGCCAACUUCUUUUCACGAAUGAGCCAGCACUACUUUCAGCCUAUCGUCUCACUGGCCGCCAGGCAGAAAAUGCUUCAGCCCUCUGAUGUUGUCAAUCAGCUGCCCGAGGAAAACAAGACCGAGAUUGGAUACGCUAGGCUCUCGGUGAUUUGGAACAGGAAGACAAAGCGAUACUACGACAAGGUUCGUGCAGCAGGAGGGUUGACUAACCCAGAAGCAGUCAAAAAGAUCAGGAAGCCCUCGCUCAUGCUCGCCAUCAUUCAAGCCCAUUGGAGGAGCCUUAUCCCCGCCGUUGCGGCCAAAAUUGUCCUCCCCUUCCUCGACUACCUCUCGCCUGCACUCUUGGGCCUCUUUCUGGACUAUAUUCAAGGACCCUCCGCCUCUGAUCCAGAAUCGGUCGUUUCUGCCUUUUCCUCGUCUGUCAAACUCGCCAUGGAGGAGAAGCCUUUUGGAUAUGGAGUUCUCUUGGCGCUUGCCAUUUUCUUAACAAGGUGCGCCGUCGCCGCCGUGUUUUCCAGUUACCAUCGACGAGUCUUUAUCCUGUGUGCACAGGCAAAGGCGACUUUAACAUCCAUGAUUUACCGCAAGGUCCUUGUGCUGUCACCCGAUGCCAGGCGCAAAUCCUCGACAGGGGCGAUCCUAAACCACAUGUCGGUUGAUGCUGUGCAGUGGGAGGAAGGCUUCGACUGUCUCGGGCUCUGGAUCUCGAUCCCUUUUGAUUUUUCGAUCUGCUUUUAUAUGCUGUAUCAACUUUUGGGCUGGAGCUUCUUGGCAGGAGUUUUUACGAUCGUCGCGUUUAUUCCAUUCCAGUCUUGGCAGGCCAAGGUCUUUGAGGGAUUGGAGGAAGAUCGACUCAAGGCCACGGAUGAGCGUGUUCGUCUUUCGACUGAGAUCCUGUCCAGUAUAAAGAUCGUCAAGCUCUAUGGAUGGGAAGCUGCGUUCAAGAGCAAGAUUCUCGAGGCCAGAAGGGCGGAGCUCAACGUCCUGAAGAAGAUGGGUGCAUUCGAGGCUGUUAUGAGCCUGGUGUUUGCGUCGACGUCGACCAUCGUCACCUUUGUUACCUUUGCGACGUAUGUGACCCUUGGCCAUGGCGUACUGACGCCUAAGACUGUCUUUGUCAGUCUGACCCUCUUUGACAUGCUGCACGAUCCCGUCAGUCGUCUUGCUGAAGGAACCGCAAUGACGAUCGCCUUAGUGGUGGCGACAAAACGUAUUCAGCGGUUCCUGAUGAGGGAAGAAAUUGACGGCAACCAAGUUCAGCACGAAAAACACGAUGAGAACUUUGAUACUCCUGUGGUGGAAAUCAACGACGCCACCUUGGCAUGGACGUCAAGCAAGGAGCCAGACUGGAUCGACGAUGCUGCUGAUGAGGAUGACGAGGAUGCACAUGGCGAAGGAUCUGACGACCAACGGUCACUCCUCUCGAACCAAGAAGGCACUGCCGAGGCGAACGAGGACAAUAAUGACACUACGCCACCAAAGCAGACCCUUCGCAACAUCACCCUAUCGGUCAAGAACAAAUCACUCACUGCAGUUGUAGGCCGUGUCGGACAGGGCAAGUCGUCGCUUCUCAACGCCAUCAUUGGCGAGAUGUACAAGCAAGAGGGCACCAUCUGUGUCCGAGGCCGAAUCGCCUAUGUCCCUCAGCAGGCCUUCAUCAUCAAUGCGACUGUCCGGGACAACAUUAUCUUUGGGAACCUUUUUGACCAGGAACGCUACCGCCGCGUGCUGACGGCCUGUGGACUGGACCCCGAUCUGGACUUGUUGCCUGCAGGAGACAUGACAGAGAUUGGCGAGCGUGGAAUCAACCUUUCAGGAGGUCAGAAGCAGCGAGUUUCACUGGCGAGGGCGACCUACGACAAUGCCGAUAUUUACUUGCUGGAUGAUCCUCUGAGUGCUGUAGAUGCGCAUGUGGAUAGACAUCUUUGGGACAACCUAAUCGGACCCGACGGUUUGCUCAAGGGCAAGACACGCAUCCUGGUCACGCAUGGAAUCCAUCACCUCGAUCUUGUGGACCAGAUUGUGGUUAUGAAGGAUGGCGAGAUUGCUGAGCUGGGUCGUUAUGAAGAGCUUGUGGCGGCGAAGAAGUCAUUCUACCAGUUGAUGGAGGAGUUCUCUGCCAAGCACUCAAGAAAGCGCAGGAGAAGCCAUGCUCCCGUCGAUAGCUCGACCUCGGAGUCUGCAGUUGCCCAUUCCACUACCACUACAGACGAUGGAACUGUUGAUACUGACUCUGCUACGGGAUCGGAUUUGGAUACAGACAUGGCGACCGUGGAAGAAGAUGAUACUGCUGCUGGCGCUGCCACAAAGGCCGACGAUGAGGAGUACAACGGAGAGGAGGAGGACGAGUUGAUUGCAGAGGAGAUCAUGAAGAGAGGAGGGGUAGAAAUGAGACUUGUCAAGACCUAUGCCAAGGCUAGCGGCCUCAAGACUGCGCUGACAGUGACAGUGCUGAUCAUCCUGGGCGAGGUCUGUACGGUUGCGACCAAUCUUUGGCUGAAGUACUGGGUGGACAGAACCAAGGAGGAGCUUGCGGCGUCCAUCGGCAUUUUCCUGGCAGGACUGUUCGUCUUUGCUGUCCUGUACGUUGUGGUGCAUAUGAUAUACAUCUACCUGGCAUUCUCUGUUGCGCGUAUCCGGGCUUCUGAACUUAUCCAUCGCGAUCUCAUUACCAACAUUCUCCGGCUGCCCAUGAGUUUCUACGACACCACACCUCUGGGUCGUAUCAUCAAUCGGUUGUCUGGCGACUGCUACAGUAUCGACGAACACUUGCCGUGGAAGUUCUUGGACCUGGGCUACCUCCUGACCGCCGUGACAUCAACACUCGCUAUCGUCAUCUUCUCCACACCGGCGUUCAUCUUUGUCGUUCCUUUCAUUGCAGUGGGAUUCUACAUGAUCUCGGGUUACUACCUCUGGGCGGUUCGAUCUCUCAAGCGUUUCAACUCUGUCUCCGUCUCGCCCAUCUACCAACAUUUUGACGAGACACUGAAUGGCGUGGCCACCAUCCGCGCCAUGGCAGUCCAAGAGCGCUUUAUUGACGAGAAUGCAAAACGGACCGACUACAACGCCAAUGCCUACGUCUCCUAUUCGAACUGUAACCGCUGGGUCGAUAUCCGUCUCCAAUGGCUCAGUGCCACAAUUGUCCUUUCGAUUGCCCUCUUUGGAGUCUUUGAACGGUACACGGCCGAUGCGAGUGUGUUGGGUCUGUCGAUGAGUUUUGCGAUGGGGAUCACGGACUGUGUGAUGUGGCUCUGUAGAGAUUUCUCGGAGUGGCAGUCGCAUCUGAUUGCUAUUGAGCGUGUUCAGGAGUACACUGACAAGCAUACCGAGGCGCCCGAGUUGACGUCUAAGGUGGUACCUGAUCUCUGGCCGGCUCAGGGGCGAGUUGUCUUUACGAAUUAUUCGACGCGAUAUCGAGAGGGGUUGGAUUUGGUGUUGAAGCAUUUGUCGUUUGAGAUUAGACCGCAGGAGAAGAUUGGGAUUGUUGGAAGGACAGGUGCUGGAAAGUCGUCGUUGACGUUGGCGUUGUUCCGGAUCGUUGAGGCUGCGAAUAGUGCCUGGGCGAGAGCGAGUGAUAAUUCGGGGUAUCAUGACUGGAAGAGCAGUGGCACGGACGACAACAAUGAUUUGGACGAGCACGCGCCUCUUCUUGGCGGCACGUCAUUUGGUCCCGUCAUUGCAGAGGACGAGGAAAUUGAUGGAGGAGCGAUUGAGAUUGACGGCGUCGACAUUUCGACGUUGGGACUGACCGAUCUGCGCAAGCACUUGGCGAUUAUCCCCCAGGACCCGACUCUGUUUGCAGGCACGAUCCGUGACAACCUCGAUCCCUUCCAAGAGCUCACGGAUGCUGAUCUGUGGGAGGCACUCGAACGAGCUCACCUUAGGGACUUUGUCCGUUCUCUUCCAGGAGGUUUAGGGUUAGGCGCCGAAGUUGCACAGAACGGCGAGAACUUUUCGGUCGGCCAGCGAUCAUUGAUCUGUCUUGCCCGUGCGCUCCUUCGGAAAUCCAAGAUUCUGAUCCUGGAUGAGGCGACCGCCGCGGUCGAUGUGGAGACGGACGAGUUGAUCCAGCGGACGAUCCGGGAAGAGUUCAAGGACCGAACGGUGUUAACGAUUGCGCACCGGAUCAAGACUGUGAUGGACUCUGAUCGGAUUCUGGUUUUGGACCAGGGGCGGGUGGUUGAGUUUGAUGAGCCCAGGGUGUUGCUUCAGAGGGAGGACUCGGUGUUUUUUAAGCUUGCUCAUCAGGCUGGUGAGAUCGCUGUCCCUCUUUCUCCUAGCUCCUAG